AUGGCGCCAGAGCGGUCUUCCAGGCACCGCGAGUCUGGUGAGAGGAGACACAAGAGCCGCCACUCCAGACCCCAUCAUCAUGCCUCCGGUUCAGACGGCACAAGAUCUGGCAAUAGCUCUCGUCAGGCCCUGUCGAUGGAUGCCCUGGCGGCACUGAACGACGCCAACGUCCAAGGUUUCAGUACUCGGGAUGCCGAGGAGGAGGCCGAGAGAAGGCGGCGUCAGGAGCGUCAUGAGCGCCGGGAGAGGCGAAGACGAGAGCAGCGGGCCAGCGCCGCCCGGGAUGAGUAUGAAGCCGUCGAGCAAGACAGCCCACGAGGGCACCGGACACGGCAAUCACGGCAAUCACGGCAAUCGAGGUCCUCUCAGCCGCCACCACCCCGUUAUGAGGACACGGACGCCGACUUGAGCCAUCACAGAGACUCGAGAGACAGGAGAAAGCAUCGCUCUUCCAAGGCGCAUGGGCAAUCACGGGACGCUUACCGAGAUGACGAGGAGGAGGAGAGGUAUCGACAAGAACGCAGGGAACGCAAGCGUCAAAAGAGAGUGGUCGCCAGCGCUGCGGCACCCGUGGAGGCCCAGCCCAAAUCCGGGGGAUUCUGGCACCACCUACGCGGUGGUGGAACGAAUACGUCAAGCAGCUACGAUGGCUACGACGACAAAGAAGGCGCGUAUGGCGGCGAACGACAAAAGAAGCGCUUCUGGACCAGAAAGAGAAUAUUGAUUGCUGCCGCAUCAUCAUUCGCCAUUGUCCUCAUUAUCGUCAUCGCGGCAGUAGUAGUGAGCAAGAAGAACUCCGGAGGCUCUGGAUCUGGCUCGGGCUCGGGCUCGAGCUCCAGCUGCCUCAAAUGCAACUUGCCGGAACAGGGUAGCAUACCCAGCGGCGCUCCAGACUACCUGGAUCCAUUCCAGUGGUACGAUACCAUCGACUUUAAUGUCACCUACACAGAUGUGCUGGUAGGCGGCCUACCCAUCAUGGGCCUGAACUCAACGUGGGACGACUCAACCGCGCCAAACAGCGUCGUGCCGGCCCUGAAUGAGAAAUGGGGCUCUUAUACGGACCGGCCUGCCCGUGGCGUCAACCUGGGAGGCUGGCUCUCGCUUGAGCCUUGGAUCACACCGGACAUGUUUAACUACGACCAGAGCCUGGGCAUCGUGGAUGAGUACAAUCUGUGCAAAUACCUCGGUUCGAGUUGUGCUUCCACCCUGGAGAAGCAUUACUCAUCCUUUGUCACCGAAUCGACCUUUGCCGAGAUCGCCGACGCAGGACUCGACCACGUCCGCAUACCAUUCUCCUACUGGGCCGUCCAGACUUACGACGACGACCCGUACCUCUUUCGCACGUCCUGGCGGUACCUCCUCCGCGGGAUCGAGUGGGCCCGCAAGUACGGCCUCCGCAUCAACCUCGACCUGCACGGCAUCCCCGGCAGCCAGAACGGGUGGAACCACAGCGGGCGCCUGGGGCCGAUCGGAUGGUUCAACGGGACCAACAGCACGCAGAACGUCCAGCGCUCCGUGGACGUGCACGACCGGCUGUCCAAGUUCUUCGGGCAGGAGCGGUACCAGAACAUCAUCUCGCACUACGGGCUGUGCAACGAGCCCAAGAUGACGGUGAUAUCCUCAACCGAGGUGAUGAACUGGACCGAGUCCGUGUACAGCAUGGUGCGCGCCAACGGCGUCAAGAACGCCAUCGUCGUGUUCGGCGACGGCUUCCGCGGGCUGGGCAACUGGCAGGGCGAGAUGACGGGCUACGGGGACAACAUGGCGCUGGACGUGCACCAGUACGUCAUCUUCAACAACCAGCAGAUCGUCUACAACCACACCGAGAAGGUCGAGUACGCCUGCCGCGGGUGGACGGAGCAGACCGAGACCUCCAUGGACACGAGCACCGGGUUCGGCCCCACGCUGGUGGCCGAGUGGUCGCAGGCCGACACCGACUGCGCCACGCACCUCAACAACGUCGGCUGGGGCAACCGCUGGACGGGCACCUACGACACGGGCAACGCGAGCGACCCCCUCCAGGCGCUGACGCCCCGGUGCCCGACCGAGGACAGCUCGUGCUCCUGCGCCAGCGCCAACGCCGACCCGAGCGACUACAGCAGCGACUACAAGCAGUUCCUGCUCUACUUUGCCGAGGCGCAGAUGGACAGCUUCGAGAGGGGCUGGGGCUGGUUCUACUGGACCUGGUGGACGAGCCAGGGAUCGUGGCAGUGGAGCUACAAGAGGGGGAUGCAGGCAGGCAUCCUGCCCAAGAAGGCCUACGACCGGACCUUCCACUGCAACUCGACAGAGAUACCGAAUUGGUACCCAUCUUUGCCCGAGACUUACUAG